AUGCAGUCAGACGACGACCUCUCCGUGCGGUCAUCCUCGGCAGCUCUGUCAUAUACCACUUACACGGACGACGAUGACGAGGAUGACAAGCCGGUCACCGUCGCUUCAUCCAGGAAGAACGACCUGUACAAGGAGCAUGAUGGUUGUCUUCUUGAUCAAAUCAAUCAGGACCUUGGAAAGUCGUUGGUGUUGAAGACAGAGAAGAAGAGAAGCAGAGCGCGAGGCAUCCUUGGAAUCAUGAAGGGAGUUAUCGACGACUUUCUGGUGCCUCCAGAGAUCCGUCCGUAUUUCGAGAGAGAGCAGCGCGAAAUACAGAAGGAGCAAAAGCUACAGCAGAAACUGGAGAAGAACGCGCAGCCAGACUUGGACAAGAUGUUUGCUCGUCAAGAUGUGGCUGCUGGACAAGAAGUAUCGCGUAGAAGAGACGGAUUCGCAGCUGUUAAGCUUCCCGAUGGAUCGACGUACGAGGGGGAGUGGAUGGAGUACAAGCAGCAUGGCUACGGCAAGAUGACGUUUCCCGACGGUUCUCAGUACAGCGGUUUCUUCUCUGAGGGCAAGCGGAGUGGAGUCGGAGGUUUCCGGAGCGAGGCAGGUGGGAGAAGCUACAAGGGCGAGUGGCUGAAUGGGAAGGCGCAUGGGCAUGGGGAGCGACACGAUCGGAUGAAGGGAGUCAUCUACUCCGGGCAGUGGCUCCACGGGAAGCGACAUGGUUGCGGGAUGCAGCUGGACUGCAGGACUGGAAACGUCUUGUCAGGAAGUUGGAAGGAGGGGAUGAAAGACGGGACUGCCGUCUUCGUCUCCAAUGAGAUGAAAGAUGGACUUGGGAAGUUCAUUGAGACUUGGAAAGACGGCGUUCUGCUCGCUCGCUCCCCUUACGAUCCAAUCCUGCAUGGCACCGACCUAGUCAACGAAGCGAGCGGAGCAGCGAACCUCGCGAAGCUCAAGGCCAUGGAGUGUGAAAGAAGAGACUCGUCGAGAUGGACUGGCAAGAUGGAGGAGCAGGACAGGCAGGAGGCAGCAGCAGCUCCUGCCUCUUGUGACGACACCGAGUAUGCCUUGAUCCCUGAGAGAGAAUUCCGUCGACUGAUCCAUCUUGCUCACUCCCCUGAUCCACAAGUAGAGCACAUGGUGCUGCAAGUCUUCGACGGAGCUGCUGAGCAGCCAGGCUCUUAUGAAGGCGAGACCGUCUUCAGAGUGAAGCAAGAGGUGUGGGAUUCGAGCAUCCGUCAACUGCAACAUCACUUUGCGCGUAAAAUUCAGAGACAUUGGAGAAACAACGGGCUGAGACGGCUUGUCGCUGCUUGCAAGAAAUCGUAUAAAGAUGCUGUAGAGAAACAGAACGUGAUGGAUGGGGAGGCUGCAGCGAAGAAAGCGGCGAGGGAGUCAUCGCUUGUGAAGCAGCUGAAUGAAGGAGGAGCGACAGCAGCAGCCCUCUUCGAUCGCAUCGCAAGAGACCCCAAGAAGCGAGAGGCUUCCAGGCUCUUGUACGAGGCGAGGCAGCUCUACAGCAUGGAGUCACGAGUCCUCCCCGGCAUGGAGACCAACGACUACCUGGUCUUGUCGCAACGUCUUGUGCGGCGCCUGCAGAUCCUCGAGAAGGAUGCGAAUGCUGGUCGACGAAUGUGGGACAAGGCCAAACUGAGGUUGAAGUUCAUCUCCGCCUCCAAGCCGAGGAGCGACAACAUCGUGAAGAAGAGAAGCCUGAUGAGGUUUGAGGACGACUACGGUGCCGGCGAGAACUCCGCCGCUCUCUCAAGCUACAAGUUCGCCGACGGCACCUCCUACAACGGAGAGACACAGGCUGGGCUGCCGCACGGGUUCGGAGCGGCCUUAUAUCCGGAUGGCAGCACCUUCUCGGGUCAGUUUGCCAAGGGGAAGAGGAAUGGGCUGGGGGUUUACAGCAAGACGAUCAACUCGCGGACCCUCAAGCACAUGGGCGAGUGGCUUCACGACUUGAGACAUGGGUUCGCCAUCGAGCAGCUGCACCUGCCGGCGAAGCCUCUCAAGCUCUUCAUGUGUGAGUAUCACUUCAACACCUCGCUGGCGAAGGAGGCCGUCCUCGACCCGGAGAGCACGCGCGAGUGGGUCAGAGCGUGCGAGCACGUGUCUGACCUCGCCAACAAAUUCGCCUUCGACUCGAAGCGACCGGCGGCUACCGGGAAGCUGCGACUGCGACUAGAGCCCUCGGAGCUCAUCGAGUUCGAGCCAGCGCAAGGGAUCUCCGUGCUGACGGUCAUGGCAGGCGAGCUCAACGAGGGUCUCAAGCACGGGGUAGGUCACAUGCGAUGGCACGACGGCCGGAUGUUCGCCGGAGGGUUCGCGGGAGGCAAGAUGACGGGGCUGGGGAUGCUGAUGGAAGCAGACGGGUCCGUCUUCUUGGGGAGGUUCCGCGAGGGCGACCAAGACGGCUAUGGAGGGUUCUUCUCGUCCGACGGGAUCGUGCUGAUAGGGAUGUGGAGGUCAGGGCGACGGCAUGGAGCUGGGGUCGAGCAGGAAGAGAGAGAAGGUCAAGUGAAGUGGAAGGCGGUGGUGCAGUACCAACAGGACGAGCUGACGAAGUCUCCAGCUGGAUCGAAGCGGCUGAGCGAACCAUCCAUGACGCUUGUCGGCGAGUGGUGGCGCACGCAAGCAAGUCUGGCCUUCCCGCCGACCAGGCAAGAGUUUCAAGGGGAUGGCAAUGGAUACAAGAUGUUUGUAGGAGGCCACGUGAACGACCAGCGGAAUGGGUAUGGCGUGCUUAUGAAGCAUGAUGGGACAAGAUACGUCGGUGAAUGGAUGCGAGACCUUCCUCACGGUCUCGGAGUGGAGUAUUACCCGGACAAGUCGGUCUACCAGGGGAACUUCCGGAGGGGGAAGCGAGAGGGGCUAGGGAAGUACACGCUUGAAGACGGCAGCUUCUAUCUCGGAGAAUGGAGACAAGGGAGGAGACAAGGGAGGGGCUGGGAGCACGAGCUGUUCAAGAUGGGAACCUCUGCCAUCAACAUCCGAGACUGGCUGGUGGAAUUCGAUGACGACAAGGAGAUGAGUCGCAAACCGAAGCGCAACAAGCAGGAGGGCAGCUGGACAAGGGAAGCAGAGGCGAAGGCGAGCAAGGCAGCUGCGAUCGAAGAAGAGACGAUCCAAGACUACGAGGACCUGCUGGACAUCUAAGGUAAACCUCGACUCUCUCUUCCUGCAUUGCCAUGGAACUCGCUCUACUGGCUCACCUCUUGCUCAGCUUGUGUCUACUUGAGCUUGCGGUGAUCUGUCUCCGAUCAUCUUCACAUCACAGGAUGGUUGUCGACUGUGCAAUGUCUUAGAGUCCGUAUUCAGGUGUAGACUGAUCAAGAAACAAACCCAGUCAUCGAGGAGAGAAGAAGAUGAUCGACUGUCACUCCUUGUCCUCGUUCCUCAUUGAAAGC